AAAAUCAACUCAAACCACCUCUUCGUUUUUCUGCCGAUCAGCAAAACACCACCCCAUCUCUCUGAGCUAUUCUUUCUUUGCUUUCGAAGGGGAAGACCUGUGGGGCUUAGGUUUCCUUUUUCAGUUCUCGUUCAUACCGGGACUACCUUUACAUACCUAUCGCUUCGUUUUCGGACCAGCAAAGAGCAGGUUGAGAAGGAAACUAUCUGCACAGAAUGUCGUCUAUGCGAAACGCCGUCCAACGACGGCAGCACCGCGAGCGUGGUCAGCUCGAAGGUCGCGAGAAAUGGGGUAUUCUCGAGAAACACAAGGACUACUCCCUCCGCGCAAAAGACUACAAUGUCAAAAAGGCCAAACUACAACGUCUUCGCGAAAAGGCGCGCGAUCGCAACCCCGAUGAAUUCGCCUUUGGGAUGCUUUCCGACCGAGCUGCCAAGCAGGGUAAACACGGAGCGCGCGAAUCGGGCCAAUCACUCAGUAACGAAGCUGCGAAAUUGCUCAAGACGCAGGAUGCGGGAUACCUCCGUACGGUUGGGGAGCGGAUCCGUCGCGAGAUGGAGCGGUUAGAGCAAGAGGUGAAGAUGCAGGAUGGAAUCCAGGAAGUUCUGGGCGAGGGUCAGACGACGAAACAGAAGAAUGCGGAUGAGGAGGACGACUUUUUCGAUUUCGAAGAGGAAGAGGAUGAUGGUAAGCCGAAGAAGGUUGUUUUUGCAGAGAGCCGUGAGGAGCAGAGGGAACUCGGUCGAGAACUCGACCAAGACAGCGACGAAAUGGACGAAGAUGAUGAUGACUCUUUCGGACAAUUAUCCAAGAAGCCCAAUCAGAACCAGAAAAAAUCCAAAAAGCAGCUUGAGGCGGAAAUGCAAGCGUUCCGUGAACUGCGCGCCGCGCGCAAGGCAAAGAAGCGAGCCGCUGAAGCGCGACACAACAAGCUGAAAGCUCUGAAGAAGCAAUAUGCUGAGAUUACCGCCGCGGAGCGAGAGCUGGAAUGGCAGCGUGGACGAAUGGACAACGCAGUUGGAGGAAAGAACAAGAAUGGCGUCAAGUGGAAGAUCAGGGAGCGGAAGAAGUGAUCUGAUCUGAUAUCGAAUAUACGUUUCUUGGUCCGGUGCAUUUUCCUGCUUAUGAAUGAUGAUAGGCAUGUGCGGUGCAUUUACAUCCUCGUGUCGAGAGAAGAUGGGAGAUAAUGGCUCUCUGUCAACUCAUAUUUUCCUUCUUAUGGGUUUUAUACGGCGAAGUCUCUGGCUCGGAGUUUUUAGGCCAAAAAAAGGGCGCAUGGUGUUGGGUUGUACUGUACAUAUAGACUGUAGGUAGCGAUUCUACAAUGAUACCAUCAAAAGUUUGUCUUGGGACUAU